CCACUCGUGAAAAGCUACACACAAGUCUCCCCAGUUCCAAUCUGCGUAUGUAAGCGGCCGACGAAAAUCUGGACUCGCAAGCGACUCUGUUCCAUCACCAGCAUACAGCCGUGGCGAUGGCGGCGGCGGCAGGGAGGCGGCUGCUGCUGCAGGCGGCGGCGGAGGCGCCGCCGCGGCAGCAGCACCUGACGCGGCACCAGCAGUCGGCGCCGCCGCAGCAGCCGGCGUGGAGCCCGGGCGCCCUCAACGUGUGGCUGUCGCAGCACACGCCCAUCUUCGGCCUCCGCCUCUGGGUGCUCAUGGGCAUCGCCGUCGGCGCCGCCUUCGUGCUCGUGCUCCUGCUCCUCCUCCUCUGCCUCUCCCGCCGCCGCCGCCGCCGCGACGGCCUCCUCGGCCCGAAUCUCUACCCCGCCGCCGACACCAAGGUCCUCAAGCAGCACAUGCAGCACCAGCAGCAGCCGGCCAAGGACAUCCAGGAGAUCGUCCGUCACCAGCAGCAGCAGCAGCAGAUGUCGGCGGCGCCGCCUCCUCCUGCGCCGCAGCCCGCCAAGGCGGAGCCGCCGCCGCCCACGUUCCAGCAGCAGAGGGCGCAGCUGCCGGCGAUGCCCGCGGGAUCCAAGCGCUCGACGGCGGCCAGCGGCCUGUCGGCCACGACCAGCGGGGGGAGCGAGCGGGACCUGGCCACGCCCAGGAGCGCCGGGAGCGGCUCCAUGGGGCCGGAGGUGUCGCACCUCGGGUGGGGCCACUGGUUCACGCUCCGGGAGCUCGAGGAGGCCACCGGCGGCCUCACCGAGGAGAAUGUGAUCGGGGAGGGCGGCUACGGGAUUGUCUACAGGGGCACGCUGCAAGAUUCCACCAUCAUCGCCGUCAAGAAUCUGCUCAAUAACAGGGGCCAGGCCGAGAAGGAGUUCAAGGUGGAGGUCGAAGCGAUCGGCCGUGUUCGCCACAAGAACCUGGUUAGGUUGCUCGGCUACUGCGUAGAGGGCGCUUACAGGAUGCUUGUGUACGAGUAUGUUGACAAUGGUAAUCUUGAUCAGUGGCUUCACGGCGAUGUUGGUGAAGUGAGCCCACUGACCUGGGAUAUGAGGAUGAACAUAGUUAUUGGAACUGCUAAAGGGCUGGCCUAUCUUCACGAGGGGCUGGAACCGAAGGUUGUUCACCGCGACGUCAAAUCUAGCAAUAUUCUCCUUGACCAGCAAUGGAAUGCUAAAGUAUCAGAUUUUGGGCUUGCAAAGCUAUUGUGCUCGGAGGAAAGCUAUGUCACUACCCGUGUUAUGGGAACCUUCGGCUAUGUGGCACCUGAAUACGCCAGCACUGGAAUGCUAACUGAGAGAAGCGAUGUUUAUAGCUUUGGUGUCCUUUUAAUGGAGAUUAUCACCGGUAGAUCUCCUGUAGAUUACACUAGGGCAUCUGCAGAGGUGAACUUGGUUGAAUGGCUAAAGAACAUGGUGGCUGAAAGGAAAGCAGAGGAAGUAGUUGACCCCAAGAUGCCCGCGAAGCCUUCCCCGAAAGCACUGAAGAGGGCACUUCUAGUCGCUCUUCGGUGCGUCGACCCCGAUGGCCAUAAGAGGCCUAAAAUGGGGCAUGUAAUCCACAUGCUCGAGAUGGAAGACCUCAACUUCCGGGAUGAUAGGAAGCCCAGAAGGGAUGCUCCUCAUGCGACAUCGGACAGAUCCACCUCAAGGGAGGAUGGGAGCUCAAGCAAGCGCGAGAACCAACGGUACAGACGAUGAAAGGCCGACAACGAUGCUAAAACCGGAACUUGGGUUUGUGUGGAUUGCUGCUAGAUAUGUACGGUAUUAACUAGUGGUCGUUACAUUCUUUUUUGGCACCUCAUUGGGUCUGUUAACCAACUCUCUCCAUGCUCUUGAUUGUAUUAUAUGCGAGCAUCAUUCUGUGACAGAUGAUAGUUGAACCACACACAAGUUUA